CUCCCCUUUGAUUAUUGUAAAGGGACAUCAGAAGAAUAAAACCCAGAUAAAAACAGUCCUAAAACCACAAAUGACUGAACCACUCCCCUAAAUAACAGGUCAAAGCUCAACAUUUAUGACAGGAGCUCUGGUAAAGCUCCACCCCUUUGCCUGAUUUAUAUGAGACAAACCAGACAAAACAGUUCAUUAUUAUGUGUGACUAAAGAGAGACACAGACGAUCAGAUUCAGCUUCAGACCAAACUAACACCUUCCUCUGAGUGAGUCCAGCUACAGGAGAGAAAAGUGGAAACGACAACACUGCUGCUUCAAGCUGCUGACUCUCCACACACUGAAGCUUCUCUCAGAGACUAAAUGGCUUCCAGAUCAGAGGAGGAUCUCUGCUGUCCGGUCUGUCAGGAGGUCUUCAGAGAUCCUGUUCUUCUGUCGUGUAGCCACAGUUUCUGUAAAGUCUGUCUGAAGAACUGGUGGAGAGAGAAUCCAUUACACCAGUGUCCAGUUUGUAAGAGAAGAUCUUCAAAGAAUGAUCCACCUUUAAACUUGGUGUUGAGGAACUUGUGUGAGUCCUUCUUACAGGAGAGAGAUCAGAGAUCUCCAGAGGAUCUCUGCAGUCUGCACUCUGAGAAACUCAGACUCUUCUGUCUGGAACAUCAGCAGCCAGUAUGUCUCGUCUGCAGAGAUUCAGAAAAACACUCCAACCACAGAUUCAGACACAUCGAUGAAGCUGCACAACAGCGCAAGAAGAACCUUCAGGAAAUUCUGGAGCUCUUAAAUGAGAAGUUAAAGGUUUGUGAACAAGUUAAUGUGAAGUUUGAUGAAACAGAAAAACACAUCAAGGUCCAGGCCCGACACACAGAGAGGCAGAUUAAGGAGCAGUUCAAGAAGCUUCACCAGUUUCUAGCAGAGGAAGAGGAGGCCAGGAUGGCUGCACUGAGGGAGGAAGAGGAGCAGAAGAGUCAGAUGAUGAAGGAGAAGAUGGAGGCUCUGAGCAGAGAGAUAGCAGCUCUUUCAGACACAGUCAGAGCCACAGAGGAGGAGCUGAGAGCUGAAGACGUCUCAUUCCUCAACAACUACAAGGCUGCAGUGGAAAGAGUCCAGCGCUGCCUCCUGCUGGAUGAUCCACAGCUGCUCUCAGGAGAUCUGAUAGACCAGGCCAAACAUCUGGGCAACCUGGCCUUCAACAUCUGGAACAACAUGAAGGACCUGGUCUCCUACACUCCUGUCAUUCUGGAUCCAAACACUGCUCAUCCAUGUCUGAUCUUGUCUGAAGAUCUGACCAGUGUGAGAGGAGGAGAUAAACAACAACUUCCUGAUAAUCCAGAGAGAAUUGAUGAUUACUUGUCUGUCCUGGGCUCUGAGGGCUUUAACUCAGGGAAUUACAGCUGGGAUGUUGAUGUUGGAGAGAACACAGGAUGGACACUGGGUGUGUUAGUGGAGUCCGACCAGAGGAAGGGAGACAUACAAUCAGGAUUGUGGGGAAUCAUGUACAAUGAAGGUGAAUACUUUACAUGUUUACCAGAUGCUUUUCCCGAAGUUCUCCCAGUAGAGAAGAAGUUCCAAAGGAUCAGAGUGAAUCUGGACUGGAACAGAGGAAAUCUGUCCUUCUUUGAUCUUGAUACCAACACAUACAUACACACCUUGACACACACUUUCACUAAAAGGAUGUUUCCAUACAUUGAAACUGGGGAUAAACUUCCUGUGAAAAUAAAACCAGUGAAUGAGAUCAGUGUUUGUUAAUGAAAUAUGUGUUUAAUACUUUUCCUGUUUUAGUGGUUUUAUUGAGUUUCAGUCAAACGAUUUGAUGUUUUUGAGUUGGACUUGUUAGUUUUAAGGUGGACUUGUUAGUUUGGUUCAGUCUUGAUGUAAGUUUGUUGAUUUCAGAGCUGAAUGUUUGUCUCUUCAGAAAUGAAAAGCUGCCAGAUGAUUCGGGUGUGACUGAUCUGAUGAUGUGAGCUGUAUUUCAUGUAACCUGUGACACUGUGUUAAUCUACUUUCUGAUAUCAUUGUCUGUAGGACAAUAAAAAGGGAAACGUGUUCAGACUUCUCUUUGUUGGUAAAUGUCAGUAGGAAGGGUCGUUAGUGUUGGUGUAAGUAUUGUUUGAAGACCACCUACCAUUGAAGAAUCUUCUUGGAAAUCUGUAACACAAUAAUGAUGUUCAUGUUGUUUCUAUUUCUGAGUCAUGUGUCUCAUAAACACUAGUAAGACAAA